CGCGUCCCCAGCUAAAGGCAGCCGGGCCGUGCCCCAGGUGGGACCCAGGCAGACCAACAGGAUAUUAAAGAAAGGUUUCAACCAGAGAGAGUUGCUCAACUACCUCAACAUUACCAGCAGGAAAGAGGCCAAAGCGGGUAGCGGCCCAGGCAGCAGUAGGAAGGACAUCUUCUCCAGCAUGCAGUCCAUGAAGAGAGAGCAUGGACAUGAGGAGGAAAUACAUCAAGAUCUACCACAAAGACAGAACUGAGGUGGACGUGUCAAAGAACUCACUGCCCAUUAGAGGGAAAUAUGAGAAGUCUCUUCCCGGGCCGUCUGCCUUCAAGCUGGUCACACCCAAGAACUUCAGUUCCAUGCAGAACCUCUACCCUGCCAAGAUAGAGGACUCAGACCAGGGCCUUUCCAACGGGCUCCACCGGGCCUACGCACACACACCUAGAGCUGUCUCCACCUCCUCUUCCUCCUCCUCACCCUCCCGCCAUGGAGGACCCACCUCCAGCGGAACCAAGGCGGUGGCGUCAGUGCGUGGUCUGAGUCAGGAGGAUGAGAACCUGUCAGACUCUGGUCAUAACUCCAUGAACAGUCUUCCUCCAUACAGACCUCCCUUCAGACCACAGUUGGCUCACAUCAGGUCAACUCCUGUUUCUCUGUGUCUGUCUCUCUCUGUGACUGUGUGUUUCUCUCUGUCUCUCUCUGUGUCUCUCUCUGUGUCUGUGUGUCUCUCUCUGUGACUGUGUGUUUCUCUCUGUGUCUGUGUGUCUCUCUCUGUGUAUGUGUGUCUCUCUCUGUGUCUGUGUGUCUCUCUCUGUGUCUGUGUGUCUCUCUCUCUGUGUCUGUCUUUCUCUGUGACUGUGUGUCUCUCUCUCUGUGUCUGUCUUUCUCUGUGACUGUGUGUCUCUCUCUCUGUGUCUGUCUUUCUCUGUGUCUGUGUGUCUCUCUCUGUGUGUCUGUGUGUCUCUCUGUGUGUCUCUCUGUGUGUCUCUCUCUGUGUCUGUGUGUCUCGCUCUGUGUCUGUGUGUCUCUCUCUGUGACUGUGUGUCUUUCUCUGUGACUGUGUCUCUCUCUGUCUGUGUGUCUCUCUCUUUGUCUGUGUGUCUCUCUCUGUGUCUGUGUGUCUCUCUGUGUCUAUGUGUGUCUCUCUCUGUGUCUGUGUGUCUCUCUCUGUGUCUAUGUGUGUCUCUCUCUGUGUCUAUGUGUGUCUAUGUGUGUGUCUGUGUGUCUCUCUCUGUGUCUGUGUGUCUCUCUGUGUGUCUGUGUGUCUCUCUGUGUGUCUCUCUAUGUGUCUCUCUGUGUGUCUGUGUGUCUCUCUCUGUGUCUGUGUGUCUCUCUGUGUGCCUGUCUGUGUCUAUGUGUGUGUCUAUGUGUGUGUCUGUGUGUCUCUCUGUGUCUGUGUGUCUCUCUGUGUGCCUGUCUGUGUCUAUGUGUGUGUCUAUGUGUGUGUCUGUGUGUCUCUCUGUGUCUGUGUGUCUCUCUGUGUGCCUGUCUGUGUCUAUGUGUGUGUCUAUGUGUGUGUCUAUGUGUGUGUCUGUGUGUCUCUCUGUGUCUGUGUGUCUCUCUGUGUGCCUGUCUGUGUCUAUGUGUGUGUCUAUGUGUGUGUCUAUGUGUGUGUCUGUGUGUCUCUCUGUGUCUGUGUGUCUCUCUGUGUGCCUGUCUGUGUCUAUGUGUGUGUCUAUGUGUGUGUCUGUGUGUGUGCUCUCUGUGUCUGUGUGUCUCUCUGUGUGCCUGUCUGUGUCUAUGUGUGUGUCUAUGUGUGUGUCUAUGUGUGUGUCUGUGUG